AUGCACACUCUCUUCCUCUUCCUCAUCUUCAUGUCCACCCACCCCAACCGGGUUGACCCGGCCCACUGCCCGACCACUUCAUCCUCCCGAACCUACAACAAGUGUUCGCCCCUCCCGAGCCAAGGCGCCUCCUUCGCGUGGUCCUACCACCCGCACAACUCGACCCUCGACCUCGCCUUCUUCGGCUCCUUCAUCUCCCCCUCCGGCUGGGUCGGGUUCGGGCUCAACCCUAAUUCCCCCGAGAUGUCGGGCUCUCGGGUACUCAUCUCCUUCCCCGACCCAAACUCGGGCCAACUUGUCCUCCUCCCUUAUAUCCUCGACCCGCCCGUCAAGCUCCAACGGGGCCCGCUCCUCUCCCGACCCCUCCCCGACCUCCACCUCCUCUCGUCCUUUGCCACCUUGUACGGCGGCCGGAUGGCAACAGUCCACUCCGGCGCCGCCAUCGAAAUCCGCGCCUCGUUAAAGCUCGUCCCCAACCGGACCAAAAUCUACCUCGUCUGGAACCGCGGCCUCUACGUGCAAGGCUACUCACCCGCGAUGCACCCGACUUCGCCGGACGACCUCUCAUCUGCGACGACCCUCAACCUCCUCACCGCCUCCGAGGGAGGGGCCCAUGCGUCUCCUCCGCCGCCGCUACUAAAGUACGCGCAUGGGAUCACGAAUUCGAUCUCGUGGGGGUUGCUACUUCCGACGGGCGCGGUUCUGGCCCGGUACCUAAGGCCCGUACGGGCCGUGGGGCCCGCGUGGUUCUAUUUGCACGCAGGGGUACAGUUGAUAGGGGUGUUUGUCGGGACGGUCGGGUUUGGGCUCGGGAUCAGGCUGGGUCAGAUCAGGUCGGGUCAGGCCUACGGGCUGCACCGGAAGCUAGGGUUUGCGGUGUUCUGCCUCGGGUGGCUGCAGACAAUGGCGCUACUCUUUCGGCCGAAGACGACUCAUAGGUUUCGAAGGUAUUGGAAGUCGUACCACCACUUCGUGGGGUACGCGUGUGUCGUUUUGGGGGUAGUGAACUGUUUUCAGGGGCUGGAGGCGUUAGGUGAGUCGUGGUGGUCCUCGUACGCGAAGUUGGGGUAUAGCUUGUGUUUGUCGAGUUUGGUUGGGGUUUGUAUAGCGCUUGAGGUGAAUUCAUGGGUGGUUUUUUGUAGGAAGGCCAAGGAGGAGAAGAUUAAGAGGGAAGGGUUGUUUGGGUUGGAUGAGAAGGAAAGUGUUGGUGGUAGUAUAGGGACAAUUGGUGGCUGA